AUACCAAGAGGAUUGAAAUUCUGUUCAAAAUGAGCGUUUUCGAAAAGUUCCCUGACCAAUCUCAUUUGAGCUUAGGCAUCGUUGCUCCACCCUCUCAACACUUUCCCCGUAUCUCACAAUGUGCACGCAUUAUUAUUCGCGAGAUUAGACAGACCGAGUGCACGAUUGAUACAAUAGUGAUCUCUGUCUGAAAUAUCUGUUCUUCUUGUUCAAGUUCUUAAAUCCAGCGGAGACGUGGUGUAAAAUGUAUAUUUUGGAUUGUAAGACCGCGUGCGGACAUAUGAUCUGUUUGCCUUUGUUGUAUGUGCAUCUGCGAAACUUAGCUCUCAAGGUGUAGCGUUUCUGGUCAGAAAUGACGUUCGUUACUGUGCUAUCAAUUUAAACAGGCAGCCUCACAGGCAACCAGCGAAUGUUGUCAUUUGAUAUUAUUGUAGCAUUGGUGCUGCAUUUGACCAUCGCUCCCAACAGAACGCGUUCAGGUUGACUGGCUUUUGUCUAGGUGACCGUUUAGCUGGACAGGCUGAAAAGCUCUUUACCAUUCACAAUGGCCGGGCGUCGUGGCUGUGUGAAUUCGCUUUGGUCGGGAAGCGAACGUGUUCGUAUCGGGGAGAGGUUGAAGGCAACCUUAGCAGGAAUACUGGAGCUGGACCUGCUCAGGUGUCGUCACUUGGAGAUGGUUGAUGCUGCGUUGGACAAAAAACAGGCAAUCGAUGAAACCGAACAGAAUGAGGGAACCACAGAGAGUGCAACCGAAGACGAUGCCGCAACAUCCCGCAGGCAACAGAAGUCGUCACUCCCCAAGUCAGUGCUGCCCUGCCCGAGCAUUGCAGGAGAAGAGGUAACAUCCCGAUGGUCCAGUCUGUCCUGGGAGAUCCCGUCGGAGUUACUGUCCCCUCUGUCCCCAGACACCACUAGUACCACUCUAGUGGACGGAGACUCGAGACCUAGUUCAGGUUUCUAUUCUGUGAGCGGGAGCUCCCUGUCGGACUCCAGCUUCUCCGUGGCCAGUGAGGUGGCUCUCGGAGGCUCUGUGAAGGCCGGUGGGGGUCCAUGCCGACCACUGUCUGCUGACCAUAGUGCCAACCAGUGGAGAGAGGCCUCACAGUCAAGUACUCAGAGCGCAGAGGAAGCCCCAGGGGAGGAAGAGAGGAGACCUGUCUCCACAGGUGACCUGGAGAUCCCGGGCCUCGUGCUUCUGUCGGACCUCUGCGCUAAGCUGGGUGGCUCUCCACAGGCUCCUCCUCUGUCAGACUCUUGCGGUUCCUUGCAUUCCCGAAUGCAACUGGACCCUAAAUUUUGUUCUGACUUGGUGUCCCGCCAAACGAAGGAGGUGUAUCCGUAUCCCAGCCCGCUACAUGCGGUGGCUCUCCAGAGUCCCAUCUUCACCUUGAGUCAUGACCACUCGUGUCCCCAACUUCCACCCAGUCCAGAGACUGAACAUUCAGAACCGGACGCACCGACGCUGAGGGUCCAAACGUCAGCUCCCCCCUCGCUCACUCAGCUGGAGAUGUACAUCUCAAGACUGGUCCACCAGUAUCAUACAAGGACAAGGCACGAUUCCUCCAGCCACAGCCUUUACAAAUCCAUCUCAGUUUCAAGCCAAGACACAUUCCAGUCUAGAACUCAUUUGGACAAUCACGGUUCCGCAUCAAAUUUGCCCGGCGCCAGUGUCACCCCUUGCAAACUGGGAAACUUGUCAAGAGUUCGCUUGAGCAGCAUCAGCAAGAAGGCAAGCAGAAACUCAAUCAACUUAGGGAACUUACCAUCUGUGACGGGGGAGGAUUUCAACAUAAGCUUCCACCUGAAUUUGAAUUUAAACUUGAAUCCAAACUUGAACAAGGCUUUAGAUACCAAAACCCCAAAGGAAGACAUGUCUGCAUCAUGUGGUUACCUUGGAGCCAGUAUCACUACUCCUACUGCCUCGCCUUCUUCCUCUACCUUGUCUUUUACCCCUACUCCUACUCCUACUUCAAGAAGCAGGCCACGGAUAUCCACUUGCCCCUCACAGGUCAACCAUCGUGGGUCUUUAGAAGUGACUGGGAAGGUGUUUGGUCCCAUGGGCUUUUCACGGUCUCUGGACUGGAGUGGGGCCUCCAGAGAGGAGGCAGAUGGAUGUCCUCCAUUGAAGACCCAGGAUGGGUCUCCCAAGCUCAGUGAGGACUCUGAGGUAGUGUGUGAAAUAUCCCGUGUCUCAGGCCUGCCGUGCUCUGUGGUGGUGGGUUUGAUGGAGGAAGGUGUAGAGCUGGACACCGACUGCUUCCGGAUCGAGCGGGAGACGGGCGAAGGGUCCGCUUCACCAUCCCAGCCCUAUCUCUCUCAGUCUCCGCGGUUGUCCUGUCAGACUGGCACAGGUUCACCAUCCCAGCCCUAUCUCUCUCAGUCUCCGCGGUUGUCCUGUCAGACUGGCACAGGUUCACCAUCCCAGCCCUAUCUCUCCCAGUCUCCACUGUUGUCCUGUCAGACUGGCACAGGUUCACCAUCCCAGCCCUAUCUCUCUCAGUCUGCACGGUUGUCCUGUCAGACUAGCACAGCUUCUGACCUUGUAAAGUUGCACUUCAACGGUCAAACUACUAGUCACUGGAUUCCGAGUGUUGUAGCAGAAGAAAAUGGCUCCCAGCAGCAUUGCCUUCAGAUUGCCCAUUCUGACUCCCAUUCCGCACGGACAUCUCAGUCUGCCAGCCCCGCCUGCUCUGAACACUCCGGCCCCACCCCAACCCAUCGUGUGCAGAGAAUGUCACCUGUUCUACCUGUUCCACCCACACCUGAAUCUUCUGACCCUGCUUCUCCAGGAUCCUCUUCCAUGUCCUGCCACCCAAGAGUGCACUCCCCUCCUCGUCUGCUCUCCGGCUCCCCCUUCACCCCUGCCCAGCUCUCUGUGUUCCGACGUGAUGCUCCAGCACAGUGUUCUCUUCCUCGGUUCCGAGCAGGGAACUCGGCGCAAGAGGGCGGUACUCUUCGGCCCAGGGGAGGGUCUCUAAGGCAGGAGGCAGGGGCCGGGUGGAGAUCACAUGACCGAGGUUGGCGUAGGAGUGGAGACGGCGAGAGACUGUACCAGGGCAAGCAUGCUUCACGCGAGCUGGUCAGGGCCUCAACGGUCAGCAGCUACUCAUCAAGAGACUACAGUACCUGCUGGGAUGAGGAAGUGAGCUCCCAGACACCAAAAAAGGGAACCAAAUUUUGGCAGGGCUUCGAUGGACGCUUUUGGGGUAAGGAUGGGCACUCUGAUUGUGGAGAGAGGGAUGGAAGAGGCAGCAAAAGGAAAGAUUCAAAUAAAAAAAGCAAAGAACAGGAAGUGAAGCAGAAGCAGAAGGGGACGCAGUGGGAGGGUCGCAGCUCAAGCCUCAGCUCCUCACGCAGAAUGCUGUUCCGUAGCGAAUCCCAGGGAAUCCUUGAGCCGCACUCUCAACAACGUAAAGGUCGACUCCGCACUAACUACUGGGCCUCCUCCUUGGAGAUCGCUCGUGAGGGUUUCACUGAACAAGGACGGAGUAUAGCAGGAAGAGAAGACAAACAUCUCUCCUCUACUGCCAGUCUGUUUCAUCUCUCUGGUUCCCAAAGCCUGGAGGGAAGCUGCCAGUCACUUUCUCCUCUCUCCUCUCCAUCUUACUCUCCUUCCCCACCUCCUGCGGCCCCCCUGACACGAUCCAAAUCAUUCAGGGAUCUGGGGAGACGGGUUUUUGGCUCAGUGAGAUCACUCAGUUUAAGGGGAAACAAAACAAAACAGUGAAAUUUGAUCAUUACAGUCGAUAUAGUCUGACGUACGCUUACAUUAAAAUAGAUAUCUUCCUGCACGUGACUGUGCCUCUGCAUGCAAUGCUGUGGCUUUGUGCACUGUACUGAGUCCUGUGCGGUUUAAUACUGUAUAUAUGUUGCCUUACAGUACACUUUGAAACAGAAUUCAAUAUUGUGUUGAUCACAAUCCAGCAAUGGUAAUGUGUAUUUUUUGUAUAACAGCUUAGGGCUGUUAAAUAUUAUAAAACUUGAACCACUAAAAUACAUAUGUUGUAAUGAGUGUCUUAUAAUUAAAAUUACAUAUUAAAUUUAUUGGAACUAU